UUAGUGCAAAGUGCAAAUGAUUUGUAAUCCAUUAUAAUUAUCAAACAUAUAAAAGAAAAGCACUUUGUUUGAGCAAAGUGAUAGUGAGUGAUUUGCAGCUCCCUCCGAACACAACACCACUUUGUUUCUCUUCUCUUGUCGAUUUCUACCUCACAGAUAAAAUCAUGGUAAAAAUUGACCCUGCGGAGCUUAGGUACUUGGAGAAUGAUGAUUCAUCACUCAUGAAAACUAUUAAGGGUGCAACGACUGGUUUAGUUGCCGGCACUAUCUGGGGUACCGUCGUUGCCACAUGGUAUGAUGUCCCUCGUGUUGAGAGAAAUGUUGCUCUCCCGGGGCUAAUUAGGACUUUCAAGAUGAUGGGCAACCAUGGAUUGACCUUUGCCGCCAUAGGAGGAGUCUACAUUGGUGUGGAGCAGUUGGUGCAGAACUUUAGGGGUAAGAGAGAUCUGGUGAAUGGAGCUGUUGGUGGAUUUGUUGCUGGUGCAGCUAUUCUGGGUUACAAAGGAAGGAGCAUCUCAACUGCACUUUCUGCUGGAUCAGCAUUGGCAUUCACAUCUGCAGUUCUUGAUUUCGGAGGUCAGACAAUGAAACAUGACGAUGGGAAGGAGUACGCGGCAUACACCACAAAGAAAAGACCCAGCCCUGAUGCAUAACUAUUAAUUUAUGCACCUUUAUGACCAAGGACAUUUCAAGUUGAUAGGAGAGAGUGAAUCAUCACUCUUUGUUGUUUGUUUGAGUUGGGAUUACAUACUCGGCUAUGUUUCCAUAUUUUCUGUUGUAAGUUGAAUUUGCUGAACCAGUUAAACUCCAAUAAAUGUGCUAUUAUCUGUUCUUCCACAA